AUGAAAAUGACCAUGUCCACGUCUGCGACUAUGAGCGCCCGCGUUCACAGGAAGGUAAUCCGAGCGCCGCAUAAACGUGCACACACCGGCAAAUACCUACACGCGGGCAAGAUGGCGCACCCCGGCAAAGGUGCGCAUCAUCCCGGCAAAUUUGCGCACCUCGGCAAAUUCGGCAAACUCGCCCAGUACGCCCACACACACUUACUAAGACCCCCGGAGCCGUGCGAGAACAGCAACGACAGCGGUUUGGGCCCCGACCACAGAUUGUCAGAUGCGCCUGAAGACUGGGAUCAGCCUGACGCGAAACGUCGUCGUGUCGAUUCAGAUGUUAAGGUCGAGUGUGACGACGCGAAUGAUGCGUACUCUUUCGCACCGCCGGUGGCGCCCGCAACCGCGCCCGCUCCGCUGGACGCCGGGUCCGCCACUCUGCCCUCGCCUGCGAUACGAGCUGGUUGCAGUAUAUCUAGUCCAACAAUAUCAGAAUCACCGAGUAGAUUUCAAGAACCGUCAUACAGAUCGUGCGGAAAGGUGGGCACGUCUGGUAAGCUUGCCAGCAAGUACGCCACAGGGGGCAAGCUAUCUGGUAAGCUGGGGGGCAAAUACGGGGGUAAACUGGCGCAGGCUCUCGCCAGAAGAAGAGCUCUUGCGAUGACGCAUGCCGGGCCUCCUGGUUUAGCCGCGCCACUGUCGAGCAAGUCCAAAGAUGGCACAGUGGAGUUACAGAUACUGUGCCAGCCCGAAUCGCAACACAGAGCGAGAUAUCAGACUGAGGGAAGCAGAGGGGCUGUGAAGGACAACUCCGGUAAUGGUUUCCCAAUAGUGAAGCUAGUUGGUUAUGAUAAGCCAGCAGUUUUACAGGUAUUUAUCGGCACAGACACAGGCCGAGUGGCGCCACACAUGUUUUACCAGGCGUGUCGAGUGUCAGGCAAAAAUUCAACUCCAUGUAAGGAGAGAAAGGAAGAUGGUACCGUCGUCAUAGAAAUCGACCUGGAGCCACCCAAGAACUGGCAGGUCACCUGUGACUGUGUCGGGAUUUUGAAGGAGCGUAAUGUAGACGUAGAACAUCGUUUUGGAGAGUCAUUAGGAGGAGCGGGAGUGAGCGGCCCCCACGCAGCUCGAGGGAAGAAAAAAUCCACCCGCUGUCGCAUGGUCUUUCGAACUGAAAUAGUUGACGCUGCUGGACGUUCUGAAACUUUGCAAGUGUGCUCAACUCAAAUUAUAUGCACACAACCACCAGGAGUUCCAGAAGUGUGUCGAAAGUCGUUGGUAUCAUGUCCGGCGUCGGGAGGUUUGGAAUUAUAUCUCCUGGGUAAGAACUUUCUGAAGGAAACACGAGUAGUCUUUAGAGGGGUCCAUGAGGGCAGAACCUGGGAAGAGGAGGUGGUACCUGACAAAGAAUUUUUGCAGCAGACGCACUUAGUUUGCUGCGUCCCGCCAUUCGUCAGGCCUGAAAUAACCGAGUCCGUAGGUGUACAAGUGUUUGUACGGUCUGGGGGCAAAACCUCCGAACCUCACUCAUUCCUCUACACGCCACCCUCACUCGAGACAGGCCCGGCGCACAGCACGCGACACCAUGCGCACGCGCACACAGGAGACGAUCGCGAAGCUCGGCCUGUGGCCUGGUGGGGCGGAGGCAUAGGAAUGGGGCUCAUGCCGCCCCCUGCGCCACCCAAUCGCCGACCGUCCAUCAUAGUGCCCGAUCCUCACUCGCCCUUAGGAUUGAAAAGCGAGGUGACGGACGAGUCCAGCCAGCAGUCGGAAGGAGAGGACAGGGACGAGACGGCCCCGGACGGACUCGCCGGGAUGGACCUGCGGCUGAAGCCAGAGAACAUCGCUACGGCCGGGCCACCCCAGCAGGUUGGAUUCGUCAGCGGCUUCGACUCCAUAAAGCUAUCACCCUCCAACAAUUCACAAAGCGAACCUCAAUCGUCUAUCACAUCUUUCUCGCAGCAACUCGCCGCCAUACAAAAUCAAGUUCAGACUGACAAAAUGGUGGAGUCAGUCACCGCCGCCAUAUUUAAUUCUGACGGUGGCGGACAAAUAUACGUCGACCCACCGAUCAUGCCCAUUGGUCAAAUGAGUCAGAUGCAGCAACUCAUCUCCGCCAAGACUCAAAUGGACCCGCUAGAAUCCGAAAUGAAGGUUUUAAAUCCGGAAAUGAUGAUGACCGACACGGGCAUGCAAACGUCGGUGCUUCAAUCGACUACCGAACAGAGGCUCAUGGUUUACAAUCAAGUGCAACAGAACAGGGAGGAGACUUACAAUCCGUUCAGCGGAAUGACCAAAAUGGAAGCGUCCCAAAUCGAGCAGCGGUUAGCGCAACAGAGCGCUCAGAUGGAAGCCCUAGUGGAAGACGCGAUGAAGGCGACGGCUGCCAUUUUACCCUCCGACGCUGCCAAACUCGACGAAUUCGUUAAUUCCCGAGUGGAGGACCACCUCUCAGGUUCCGCCACUUCUCCGUCAUCGGCGUCGCACGCGUCCGAUAUCCUCCUGAGCCCCAACGCCCCUAUAGUCCAGCGGAACUCUGGCUCCGACCUACUCGCCCCCAUGCCUCCCUCCUCCAUCUCCCCCGACGUCAUUCUCAACCCGCAGGUUUCCCCGAGCCUUCUCUGCGAAAACAAUCAAAGGAUCGUCAUGCCCCCCGGCCCUUCCCAAGAGGAGCUCAUGAUGAUGCCCGACAUACCCACCUCCGUCAAGACUCCGCCGGCUGCCGUGAAAUCUAUGAUAUUGAAUGCAGCCGCCGAGAUCUUGACAUCGGAUUCGGCGAUGAACGCUCUUGUGAAGUCGGCCAUAAGUACGGCUAAUAUAUUUACAAACGAGAGCGUGGGCGGGAGUGGGGUGAUGCCCACGACGGACGCGCAGCCGUCGGAUGAGCCCCCGCCGGAGACCCCUCUCGAUGCCAUGUCGCAGGCUGUCAGUCAGGCGGUUACUCAGGCCGUUAGUCAGGCCGUCAGCCAGGCGGUGAGUCAAGCUGUGAGUCAGGAGAUGACGGGCCCUGUCCAAGGGCUAACCGAUAUGAGCGACCAUGACCUCCUAUCUUAUAUUAACCCGUCGACUUUUGACCAGGGUGAGUACUACCACAUGGACGUUUAUUAUAGCGAAUAG